AUGGGGGAACAAGCGUUUAACAUAUCGGAUGAGAAUUUGGAACAGCAUAUUGUUACUUUGUUUGAGAAAUUGGAGUGUUUACGAAAGGAUGCGAACUCAGGUGAUGGGGGUUUGUCGGGGAGGGUACCGGCGCGGGUGGAAGUGCGGACUCUAUCGUUGUGGAAGGCAGUGGUAGCAGAGUGCGCGGCCUCCUUUCUGUAUGUGUUCAUCGUGUGCGGGGCGGCUGGCGGCGCGGGCGUGGGAGCCUCCGCCUCAGCUGUGCUGCUCUCCACCGCGCUCGCUUCAGGCUGUGCCAUCGCCACACUUACUCUCUGCUUUGCUAACAUAUCUGGUGCUCACGUGAACCCAGCAGUAUCGGCAGCGCUCUGCGUGCGCAGGCGCGUGUCACCGCUACGAGCUGCGUUGUACGUCGCCGCGCAGUGUGGUGGGGCCAUCGCAGGCGCAGCCGCUAUUUAUGGGAAUAACGAGAACCUGCAGAGCGCUAGAGCGGGCGGUGACGCGCGCCUUCAUUAA